AUGUCUACUGAGCUCGAAAUGGGACAUUAUGCUGUGCUCUACGAUAACGGGUCUACUUCCCCACCGGUACCUCACCUCUCGGCUAUUGCGCUGCGAUUGCUGGCCUUAUCGGUCGGCAAGCACCUAUCAAUGACCUCGACCCCGACUAUCUUUGAGGACCUACUGGAACAUCCAUUCGCACGGCGCCGAGCUUCUCAGUGGAAUGAAUGCUGCGAACUGGCCAUGGGUACGGGACUCCACUGCAGGACAUUGGGGACAUUGAUG